AUGAUGAUAAAAAACAGUUGUAAGAUUCUCCUUUCCAUGAGCCAUAAUACAGUAAGAAGAAAUAUAAAGCUUUUUUCUUUAAUUAAAAUUUCAAAAAUUAACUUUAGUGCUUCAUGCGAAGAUAAGAAAAAUGGAAUACCAGAAAGUAAGAUGCGGAAUGACGUGGACGAUUUUAAGGACUUUGAAAAAUCGGAUGUUUACCAGACUUUAAAGACAAAAAUUAAGGAAAUCCUCGAGAACGAAAAAAUUGUGCUGUUUAUGAAAGGAACACCGGAAAAUCCUCUAUGCGGGUUUAGCGCAAAUGUUGUUAAAAUACUAAAUAAUAUGAACGUAAAAGAUUACGUAUAUAUCGACGUAAUGAAAAAUAACAAUUUACGUGAGGCUAUAAAGAUUUACAGCAACUGGCCUUAUAUCCCCCAUUUAUAUGUUAAUAAUAAUUUCAUUGGUGGUUACGACAUAAUUUCCGAUUUGUAUAACAAUGGAGAGUUACAAGGCAUAGUCAAGUAG